GAUCCAUAUUCGAAACUGCUAAACUGAUCAAGAACCUGAGGUCACUUAUGGGCCCUAGGAAAAACCUACAACUCUUAUUCUGCUAAAGGGGCAGCAAUAAAAUCACUCCUAAUAACAUAAUGCCCAUCGAUCAGUGCCUCUUACUCAACCCUCAUCAGAGAAGAUUCUUUCUUGCAGCAGAUGAUAAAAAAGACCCACAGCUGGUCAAUUGUCAGAGAGUUAGAGACUGGAGCACCUGGUCCUAAGUGAGAUGUCAUCAUCAAACCCCUCCCCUCGAGGCUCAGGGAUCUAUUUAUGUGGUAGAAGAGGCAAAAAGAUUGUAAAAGCCAGAGGUGAUGGAUGACUCCAAGGAAGCAGCGUCUUCUCAACACAACAGGAAUGAAACACGUGUUCACAGAGCCUGUGACAACAGGCACGAGACCGCAGCCAUGUUCAAACCACACAUGGUGCCAGCACUGAGGAGAGUACUGAACACAAAAUCCCACCCCCGGUCAAGAAGCUCUUAGCAACUGAUACCUGCUGGGAAAAGAAAAUCCGUUUUCUCCCGUGGAAUGAACUGGGCAUAGCAACCACAGUCCACGACAGACCCCUGACUAGGAAUAGUUGGCCAGUAGAAAACAAGAGUCUAAAGUUUGGGAGAUUUGUUUUGUUUUGUUGUUAUUGUUUUUGUGGGCUUUUUCUUUUCAUUUUGUUUUGCUUGAGUUAUUUUUUGCCUUAUUAGAUUUUUGUGGAUUUUUGGUUUUCGACAGGGAGUAUGAGGUUGAAUAGUGGUGGGGAGGAAUUGGAAAGGAAAGAGUGUGAUCAAAAUAUAUUGUGAGAAAAUCUUAAUAAAAACUAAAAGAUUAAAGGUUUAGAGAAAGGAGCAAAUAUAAAAAGGAGGCUAUAUAAUGCGCAUCUGGUUAUCUCUCUUAAGAAUGCUGCCCCAGAAAUGCUUGCACUUACUGACUAUGGUUAUAGACUUUAAUAUGUCUACUUGGUGGAACCACAUGGUGCCAGAGAGUUGGUGAGGCAUUGUUCUGGGGGGUUGGCUAUGAUAAGAGUAACAUUUAAAUCAUUUGACUUAAUUAAAUCAGAUUGCUCUCCAUUACAUGAGUGAGAUUCAUCCCUUCCAUUUAAGGCCAGAAGUGAAUACUGAGUCCCCCACCCCCAAGUAACAGAAUUCUAACUGAAAAACUGGCUCUCGCUAAGGUUACACCAGUCUGUUGGUCUUCAGGACUCAACUGGACACUGACCGGACUGCAGAUUUAGGACUGAGCCUCUAUUAUUGUUCACUUACAGGACCAAAAUGGAGCCGAUGCCCCAGUAUGACCUGUCCAGACUGCCGGAAAACACAGCCCUGAAGCAGCAGACGUUGCCUGCCCACCAGCUAGAAUUAUCUGCCUCGGUGGUCCUCUCUAUCUUUUUUGCCACAGGAGGGUUCUGCCUCUGUAUGGGCAUCAUCCUUCUACUGUCUGCAAAGAGCACCAGGGAAAUUGAGAUUAAUUACACAAACACAUGUGCACACUGUGCUCAGCUACGGGAAAACAGCUCUAAUUUUGACAAAGAGUGCACCUGCUCUGUCCCCUUCUACCUGAUGGACAAAAUGGAGGGUAAUGUUUAUAUGUACUACAAAUUGUAUGGUUUCUAUCAGAACCUCUAUCGAUAUAUUCUAUCAAGAAGCAAUAGUCAACUGGUGGGCAAGGAUAUUUGGGAUGUUACCAACUGCGCCCCGUUCCAGGUGUCCCACAACGGCACUCCCAUCAUUCCCUGCGGUGCAAUUGCCAACAGCAUAUUCAAUGAUACCAUAACUCUUUCAUAUCACCUUAAUUCGUCUAUACAUAUAGAAGUCCCGAUGCUAAAGAGUGGACUUGCGUGGUGGACAGAUAAGUAUAUCAAAUUUCGGAACCCAAGAACCAGUGAUCUUGCUAGUGCGUUUGCAGGUUCUGGAAUAAAUGCUAGUGGACAUGUGAGUGUGAUUCUGUCUUCAAGCAUGCUCUGUAGAGUGGGGAUAGCAACGCUCUCAGCAGGAAACGGAAGUCUGAGAGUUGGGGCAGUCAAUGCCUGCAUCUCCAGGACUCACACUGGCCUGGGGUUCAAACACGUAGCUGUGCUCCCAUGGGGAAGUGCGAAGCCUCCGCACUGGGCCCGACCUAUCUAUGAGCUAGAUACGGAGGACCCAGGAAACAAUGGCUUCGUCAAUGAGGACUUCAUUGUAUGGAUGCGGACCGCCGCCUUUCCCACGUUCAAAAAACUGUACCGCCGGCUCAGCCGCGUGCACUACUUUGUGGAUGGCUUACCUGCCGGCAACUACACUUUCCACAUAUCCUACAAUUUUCCAGUUACCGUGUUCCGAGGAAAAAAAUCUGUUGUUCUUUCCACCCUGACAUGGAUCGGAGGAGGUAGCCUUUUCCUGGGGCUUACGUACACAGUGACAGGGUCAUUGACAUUGUUGGCCUCUUUCGCCAUCCUGGCAAUUCACCAGAUGCUGAAAAAGAAUAAAAAAGAUUUCCUGUAGGAGUGAAGUCGAGCUUUGAAAAGAAGACUAGCAGAAGACAAAAUGGACAAUGAAGUAAUGAAGUGAAGACCUCUGGCAAAGCCUGGGCUAUUUCGGAGUCAUCUCAACAGGGGGUUACUGGAUUGACUGAAUCCAAUAUCAUCUCAACUACAUGGAUAAACAAAGAGAUUCCCAGAGUGGGGUGAAGAGAAGGACUAAGGAGGAGGAGAAGAAGAAGAAGAAAAAUGUUCUUGGAAUGAAAACAAUAAAUGAUUUUUGAGCUCGAGACCAAGUGCUAAGAAUUUGAAGUUCCUACACUUGAGAGUGGGUGAGUUCCCUAGGGGCCGCCAUUAAAACAAGAGCAAGCAGCCGAAACUGAGUCCUCUAGCUAGCCAGAUAGACUCAGUCUUCUGGUCGGAUGAACUGAUAAAUUUUCCAAAGACCAACCCGUUGUUGAGUCGAGCAGCACAUUUUCCUGCUAAGACCGAGCAAUGCUUAGCUACAUCCUUGGUAUCCAAAGUACAUACACCGAAAGGAAAGUUUCUUUAAUGCUACCCAAGAUAAAAGCAUUAAGAGUGACUGAUUCUUUAAACUAUGUUAAGACACAAAGCAAUUCUAGUACUGAUAUUAAAAUGACACUAUCCAGAAUAUAAACGAUGGCUGGUCUCAAACUCACUGUCUGCCCAGGCUGGCCUUUGACUCAUAAUCCCCCUGCCUCAGUAGCCCUACUGCUAAGAUUAUAAGUAUGUGCCACUGCACUACUUACACUAAUUGUCACCCUACUGUGAUAAAGUACCUAACAAGAAGCAAUUUCGAAGUUGGGCCUGAGGCUGUUGA